UAUUUGUAUAACCUUCAACCUGCUCCUAAUGCUGUCAAAGUUCAACCACACCACGUGAACGUUGGAACCAGUGCUCUGAGUUCAAAAAUACCUACAAUUAUUGAAACUUAAAUAUAAAGCAGCCGAGGUGAUUUUUGCAUUUUUUUAAAAAUGAAUCCAAAUAAAUGGCGGAUUGGGUUGAAGCAGUGGUAGUAGAUGUGGUCUCGAAGAUAUCAUGAUUUCAAUUGUUUGGCGUCCAAUCUAAUAAUGGACUGUGCUAUUAUUAAAUUGGCACGAUGUUGUGAUCAAACUCGCAGUACGAUUUUUUAAAAAAAAUAUAUAAUUUGUUAUUUUAUUUGAUGAAUCAUCGGGUUGUGCAGUUGUUCAGAAACUUUAUUUUUAAAUGUAAUCCACAAAACAAUAAAGACAAGUCAGGGGUCUAGGAUCCACAACCACAAUUGUCAUGGCUACUAAUAUAACGAGACUAUUUCAGUUCAAAUCAAUGACCAUUGCAGCAGGACGAAUGUCUGUUUAGUUUGUUUUGCUACCUAAUGCAUUUCUGCUAGUGCUUCUUGGACAUGCGCGUCCCAGUAGUACAUGUAUUUUCGGAGCCUAAAAAAUACAAUAACUUAAUGGGCGGGGCUUAAGCAAUGCGGAUGACGAAUUAGGGCACGGCGCGCAGUAUCCAGGAAGUCAAGCUUUUGAGCGAGCAAAAAAACUAAAGUAAAAAAAAAAAGAAAGUGUUUCAGUUUUCGCUGCUUAACUGAGCCAGGCACACAUCGGGAACAUGCAGUGGAAAGAAGACAAACAAUGCUGCCAUCAUGGACAUGGGCACGGACAUGGGCACGGAGACAGGCACGGGAAUGGACAUGGGCUUAGACAGGGAUUCCUUGGACAUCCUGGACAAAUGGAUCAACUUACAAAUGACCCCACACAACAACCCAAAAGCCUUUCGUUCAUAGAUGACCAAAGCAACUGGGACAUUAUAAAAGCUACACAGUAUGGGGCCCUGGAAAGGUGUAAGGAGCUUGUGGAAGCUGGUUAUGAUGUCCGACAUCCAGACAAAGAAAAUGUUUCUCUCCUUCACUGGGCAGCUAUCAACAACAGAGUGGACCUGGUCAAGUAUUACAUUUCCAAAGGUGCAAUAAUAGACCAGCUGGGUGGAGAUUUAAAUUCAACUCCUCUUCACUGGGCUGUAAGGCAGGGUCAUUUAUCCACAGUGGUCGUGCUGUUGAAAUACAGAGCAGACCUUGCACUGGUAGAUGGAGAAGGGUUUAGCAGUAUUCACCUGGCAGUCCUGUUCCAGCACAUGCCCAUUAUAGCUUAUCUUCUUGCAAAAGGGCAGGAUGUAGAUAUGCCAGAUAUAAAUGGACAGACACCUUUGAUGUUAGCAGCUCAGAAAAUCGUUGGACCUGAGCCUGCUCACUUUCUCCUUAAGUUUAAUGCUUCGGUCAGUGCCGUGGACAAGGUACACAAAAACACCCCUCUGCACUGGGCAGUGAUGUCAGGCAAUGGCAAUGCAGCUCAUUUUCUAUUGGAAGCAGGAGCUGAUGUGGAUGCCCAGAAUGCAAAGGGAGAGACUCCUCUUGAUCUUGCUCAUCAGGUUAGGAACCCUGCACUGAUUCACAUGCUAACACAAGUGAAACAUGAGAGAAGCAACGCCAACAUGAUGUUUUUCAGGAGA